GAUGGUUUUUUUUCUUACAGGUCUAUCACACGUACUUACUACCGCAAUUCAGUUGGAGCAUUAGUAGUUUUUGAUGUAUGUAACAAGAAAUCUUUGGAGCAUGUCCCAAUGUGGAUCAUGGAAGCCAAACGACACAUCGAACCUCACAAGUCUGUAUUCAUCCUAGUUGGCACAAAGAUUGAUAUGGACGAUGAACGAGAGGUCAGAAUAGAGGAUGCUUUGGCUCUAGCUAAGUUUUAUAAUAUAAGUUAUGUAGAAACAAGCUCAAUGAAAGGAAUAAACGUAGAAGAGGCUUUCAGAACUAUCACACAAGAAGUGUAUGACAAGAUACAGUCUGGAGAGUUCAAAAUUGAGGAUGGCUGGGAUGGCAUUAAAACAGGAUUCUCCAGACCAAAUCCCUCAUACAGUUUGAUGGAAGCAGAAGCAGAGAAAUCUGGAUUUUGUUGCUAGGUGUUGUCAAAGCACUGUGUGUUAAAAAGUUAAGAAAAUAAAUUUAAUUUAUUUCAAGGUUACUAUUUACUGCUUCAACACAAUUUUCUUUCAGAAAAUAUACUGAUAUAAUAAAAUCUCAUUGUAAGGACAUUUUUAACACUCAGUGAAGAUUUUCAAGUAAACCAAAGGAAGUACCCUAGUCCCAUCCACCUUUUGCUACAAAUGUGUUAAUGUGAGUUGUUAAUUAGUAAUCUGUUGAGGGCUGUAUCACUGGCUGUAUUAGACUUAUUGAUUUUUAUCAACAUUACUUGCAAAACAUUUUAUUUUUUUAAAGAACUGUACUCAUUAUGUUCUAUUUAUAUGACUGUAUAACUUGUCCAGAUUACUUUGAGAAAAGUGUGACCAGUUUUGGUCUGUGUGAUUGUGUACAGUAUUGUGAUUCUCUUUAUACCUCUUUGGGAGUGUCUAAUGUGUAUUUCAGGAUGUUAAGAUUCUGUGAUAAAACCAGUAUGAGUCAUAUAUUAUUUCAGGCAUUAAAUAGUAUAUUAUUUGAUAUUUAUCUAAGUCAUAGCUACUUUCUGUAGAAAAGGAAUACUGUAUACACCGUUUCCUCAACUGCACCUUCAAUUUCCCUUUCCUCUGUUUUUACCUUUUCUCUGCCCAGCCAAUCCUCCCCCUCCCCCCCCCCCCUCCUCUCUCUCUCUCUCUCUAAAACAGGGUUUGACAAGGUUAGGUUAAGGGUCCCUAGCUUUAUUGACAAGCUAAGAGCUGUUAUUGUUAUGAAACAUACAAGUAGGGAACAGGAUGAAGUUGGAGCUAUCGGUGGGCCAGCAUUUUCAUUUGAUCAACUGACUAUCUCGUUGACAUCAUAAUGCUGUACAAAUGUGUUCCAGACCCGAGUCAUCCUGAGGAUAAAUGAUCUCAGAUGAAGUGAUGUUCUGGAGAAGGGUACAGCCAAAGUGAAGUUGCUGCUUUCUGCUCGUCUUGUGGUACAGAAGCUUGCUUCUCUCUGUCCUCGAAGUGGAUCCCAGUGUGGUACUUUGACAAUAUUGACCUUGUACAUAACAGUAAGGCCAUCCACAUCCCUUCUGUGUUGAAGGCUCUCCUGAAAUGACAGAUCUAUCCAGGAUGGGUCCAGGUGAGAAAUGAGAUGUCUUGCUCUGUUCUCUACUCUGUCAAGCAGUCGCAGAUGGGGGGAAGGGGCAGGCAAACUAAGAAAGUGGAGCACGCUCAAGGUGUGAGCGUAUUUGUGCCUCAUACGGAAUCUUGCAACCCCUACUGUCAAAUGUUACUUGCCAUCAGUUUCCCCAAGCUGAUAUAGCUCUUAGCUGAUGAUCGAUGUAGCUUAGAGCAGCUGGCAUUUCUUCUCUUGGAUAAUUGAAUGUCAGAGUACAGCCGUGACAUGGGAUUCUGGGAUGAGAUGAAGAAGGGCAUUGAAGUAGACAUUCCAUAACAAUGGUCCCAGCACACUUCCCUGUGGAACACUUGCCCCAAUAGGAUGUCUUGCUGAUUCUGUUUUCUUGAGAACUACCCUUAGAGAUCUACCAUGAAGGUAAUCAUUGAAGAGAUGUAGCAUAGAGCCUGCAAUUCCCAGUACUUGCAGUUUUGCAAGAGGCCCUGGUGCCACACUCGGUUGAAAGCACCAGCAAUGUCCAGUGCUACCACACAGCUGACUUAGGAUUCAUCCAGUGACUGGUGCCACAUAGUGGAGAGGUUUAACAAGAGAUCAGCAGCAGAGUAACCUUUCCUGAAGCCAUAUUGACGGUCACAAAGUAGUGAGUGGUAGUCGAAAAACUCUGUCAUUUGUCUUGAGAUUAUUGUCUCAAGGUUCUUGCCAGUGAUGGACAGGAGUGACACUAGUCUGUAGUUGCUGAUUUCUGCUCUGCUCUUCUUUUUGUAAAGAGAGAAUACAUUUGCUGCUUUCCACAGAGAAGGCCAUUUACAUGUACUAGGCAGUGCUGAAAGAUGCGAGUUAGAGGUGCUGCUAACUGGUCUGCACAUCUCAGCAAUCUUGGGCUCAACUUGUCUGGGCCCACAGCCUUUUCUUGGUCAAGCAGUUUAAGAAGGAAAUGCACCUCCUCCUGCCUUAUUGUCACCACUGACAAUUUUGACACAGUUCUUGCAGCUAGCCAAGGAGGGUCCCUUGCUGGAUCAGGAGCUUGCAUUUUGGUAGCAAAGUGUUCGGCAAAGAGGUCCGCGCUCUCGACUACUAGUAGAGGUGGUCUCAUCCUGUCGAUUUAGAGGCAGAAUGAGUUCAUCAGGCAGAUAACCUUGUCUGUCCUUGACCAGGGACCACCAGGUUUUGGAGCCUACUCUACCUGAUGCUAACUUUCUUUUUGUGUCCACCUCCUGUUUAGUGAUGGCCCACUUUUGAACUUCACCCAUAUGCCUACAGGCUUGCCUGUUUAAGUUCCUGUUAUAGGUGGUAGGAUGUCUCUUAUACCUUCGCCAUGCCUCAUACUUACCAGUAGCAGCCUCUCUACAACAAAAGCCAAACCAAGGCUGAUCUGUAGGCUUCGUCACAUAUUGCUGGUGAGGGAUGUGUUCUUGUUGUAGAUUAAGGAUGUGUCCAGUGAAGGCUUUCACUUGGUUGUCAACAUCCCCUUUAAGAACAUUUCAAUCAGUGGUGGCGAGCUCAGAGUAAAGGGUUGGCCAAUUACCUCUUUUCCAUAGCCAGGUUGUGGGUGUGGACUCCUCACCUUGUUCUGCUGGGAUCUUAAGUGUCAUAAAAACAGCCUUGUGGUCAGACGAUCCAACAUAGCCGAGGGGUUGACAAUUGACUAUACCUUCUGCCAGAUUACUCGCUACUGGGUCAAGGGAGGAGCCAGAGAUGUGAGUAGGGGAAUCAACAAAGUUUCUCAUGUCAAAUACUGCAAGAAGGUCAUCAAAGUCCCUCUGUAUAAGAUGUUGGUUGAGGUCACCAACAAUUAUAUGUUGACAGUUGUGUUGGAGCAGAAGGGCGUCCACAUUUUGCAUUAGAAAGUUGAUGGGGUCUGCAUGUUGCCACUGAGGUCUGUACAUUGCACAUGCUAGUACAGAGGUACUAGUGUUUAUGCAUAGCUUGAAGAACAUCAUUUCAAGAUGAGUAGGGAUGGCAAUAUCAGUGUGCUGGGCAUGUACACUUUUAGAGAAGCACACAGGCCGACAGGAUGCUGAUAGACUGGCUCCUCCUGAUGUGUUCGGCUUGAGGUGGUGGGUGUGUAAGGUGUGUGAGGUGCCUGCCCUUGAGAGAGGUAGGGCACCGAGGCAACUGCUGGGAUGUAGGUCUGUGGUCUUGUAUAAGGCACAAUACCACCUGCUGGACUGAGAUAGGAGUAGCUGAGUGGGUGAGGCUAGUGUGUGUUCACCAAUUCAGAAAUCCUGCUGGUUUGUCCCGAGAAUAGGUGGUCGUCUCUGUCUCUGUCUCUCUGUCUCUGUCGUCUGUCUCUGUCUCUCUCUGUCUGUCUCUGUCUCUGUCUCUGUCUCUCUCUCUCUGUCUCUCUCUCUCUGUCUCUCUCUCUGUCUCUCUCUCUGUCUCUCUCUCUGUCU